CCCACCAAACGCACGCGGAGCGAUCGGCGGCGAGAUGGCGGCGGCGGCGACGAUGACGUGGCACGAGGAGCUCGCCACGCUCGUCGCCGACGCGGCGCCGGCAUCAGCUUCGGCGCCCAAUUCGGCCCGCGGCUGGUACGACGGCGAGGACGAGGAGCCGAAGCCGGAGGAGGGGUGGGCGCAGCAGGCCAAGGGGUUCGCGCAGUCGACGGCGGAGAUGCUGCGGGAGCUGGGGCUCGGCGUCUGGGACGUGGCCGCGCAGAGCCUCGCCGGCGCCGAGGACAGCGACCUCGCGCGCCGCCUGCGCCGCCCCGCCGCCGCCGCCGGCAAGCGCCUCAGCUUCAUGAACGAGUUCCUCCCCGAGGACCGCGACCCCGCCCGCUGCUGGGCCGUCGUCGCCGCCGUCGCCUUCGUCGCGCUCCUCGUAUUAGGUGUGGGAAGCGUUGAUGAUACCCCAACCCCAGUAGAGCAACCGAAGAAACUCUACAUAAGCCCCCCGAACGCUAAAAGGUUUCAACUUCCUGAUGGACGGCAUCUGGCUUAUGAAGAGAAAGGAAUUUCAGCUGACAGGGCAAGAUUUUCACUGAUUGCUCCCCAUUCUUUUCUUUCGUCAAGGCUAGCGGGAAUCCCUGGGAUCAGCACAUCACUUCUAGAGGAAUUUGGGGCACGACUUGUGACCUAUGAUCUUCCUGGUUUUGGUGAAAGUGAUCCUCAUCCAGGCCGAAAUCUCAAUUCUUCUGCAUUGGACAUGCUUCAUUUGGCCGACGCCCUCGGGGUUGUGGACAAGUUCUGGGUAGUAGGCUAUUCUGGAGGUGGCAUGCAUGCUUGGAGUGCUCUUCGCUACAUUCCUGACCGAGUGGCAGGUGCAGCAAUGUUCGCCCCUAUGGCAAAUCCAUAUGACUCCAAGAUGAGCAAAGAUGAGAAGCGUAAAAUAUGGGACAGGUGGUCAACUAAAAGGAAACUAAUGCACAUUUUAGCUCGGAGGUUCCCAUCACUAUUGCGCCUCUUCUAUCACCGGAGCUUCCUUUCUGGAAAGCAAGGACAGCCUGAGAGUUGGUUAUCACUGUCACUGGGAAAGAAGGAUAAAACUUUACUGGAAGCUCCUAUGUUCAAUGCAUUCUGGGAAAAGGAUGCUGCAGAGUCUGUGCGCCAGGCAGAUGCGCAACCAUUUGUAGAGGAAGCUGUGAUGCAAGUAUCUGAUUGGGGUUUCAGCCUGUCUGACAUUCAAAUGCAGAAGAAAGAGGAUCAGGGAUUAUUUGAAUUGAUCAUGUCUCUGUUCAGCCACACUGAACGAGAGUGGGUGGGAUUUCUGGGCCCAAUACACAUAUGGCAGGGAAUGGAUGACCGGGUGGUGCCUCCGUCAGCGACCGAGUUUGUCCGGAGGAUGGUUCCAGGAGCCACGGUUCACAAACUCCUCGACGAAGGCCACUUCUCGUACUUCUGUUUCUGCGACGAGUGCCACAGGCAGAUAUUCUCCACUCUGUUCGGCACUCCGCAGGGCCCUAUCGACCCCGUACCCGAAACCAGUGAAGCGACCCCAGAACUCGCGAAAGAAACAGCAACAGUGUAUGAGGAAGAAGCUGCGGAACAGGAGCAAGAACCAACAGGCUCUGCCUGAUUUUCAGGAUCAUCAGUAUAGAUACAAGAAGACGUUACUACCUACGACUUUUAACACAGACCUCACAGGAAAAGAUAGGCUUUUCUUUGCCACUAGUGGAGGAUGCUGACCUUGCAGAGCCUGCCCGCGCGCGAGUAUAAACAAGGCUCUGGACUCCGGAGGCUGGACGGGAGAAGGCUUGUGCUGGUGAAUGCGCUGGUUCGCUAUAAUGUACAAAGAGUCUCGAUCAGAAGGUCUGCUGCACAUCACCUGCUCGGUGCGCCUCUAGUAUAGCUCUCGACAUUGACGUUCUAUUGGCCGUUGAUAUCGCGACGCCCUUGCAUACUUAUUUUGCACAAUUGGAUGUACUUUGUGAUGUCAUGAUGUAAUGGGAUGGUUGUGUUGCCCCGUCAGCUAUGAUAGUGGCCUUGCUGUUCCAGGCUUCCAGCCA